AUGCAGACAUUUACUGGAUUCUGUGGAAGCAUGAAGAGGUACAGGAGGAGAAGACGAUAUCGAAGACUAAGAAGUGUGGUUAGCAAUGAGGAAAAUGCAAGGGUUUCAAUGGCAGAAGGGAAACGUCCCAAGUUUUGGAAACUCAGAGUGACCCCAAAACUGCGAAUGACGGUUGCAUCAUCGGUUGUGCUGUUGAAAAGGUUGAGAAAUACUUAUGUUGGGAUGAUGCUUUGGUUUGCUGGUGGUGUUAUGCAAUUGAAUAAUGGUAAUGUUCACUUAUAUCAGAAGACUAACGUUUCACAGUUGUUAGCUUGA